AUGGAGUUUAAAUUGUAAGUUGUUGGAUUGUAAGCAUUUUUUGAGAAAAAGAAAUUUUGUAAAAAUAAAAAAUUUUUUUUUCAAAAAAAUUAUUUUUCACCCGUCAAAAGCACAUAAAAAUCAUCAAAAAAUUUUCAGAACGUUUUCCCUUACAACACUCGCACUUCUCCUCACAGUCUUCCUUUCACAGUCGAGCACGGCCUCAGCCAGCUUCCGACUUUGCGGCUUCAAACUCACAACGACGCUACAGCAUUUGUGCAAACAUAAGACCUGUGGUGGGUAUCAGCUACACACGAGAAAACGUAUGUUUUUUUAUAUAUACUUUGAAAUUUUUUAAAAUUCGAAAUGAUCAACAGGGGGGACCAAGGCAAAAAUUUUUGAAAAAAUAAAAAAAUUUGCUGACAUUUUUUUUGUCGAUUUUUAUAAAAAUAACGUCAUUCUAAACGAUUUUUUAUAAUCUUACCGUAAUUUCCCUUCAAAUUUCCCAGUUUCAAGCCGAAAAAAAGAACAGUUGCCACCUAUCGGAAUCGAACCGACGACCUUUGGUUUACAAGACCAACGCUCUGCCCCUAAGCUAAGGUGGCGAUGCGUGCGGAGCGGGCAGGAGUGCGUCCGAGUCCAGUGGGAAAGAAGAGGGGAGAACGGAGCUCCGAUUUUUGUGGAAUUGAAGGGAGAUUUGGAAAAAAACUGCUGUUUUUUGAGAUUUUUGGGGAGAAAAUACGAAUUUUGGCUUUUACACGAGAGUACAAGCCGCUUGGAAAAUAAAAAAAUUUUAAUUCAAAAAUUUUUUAUUUUGAAAAAUGAAAAAAUCGGUCGUUUUUGAAGCAAAAAAUUAUCAAAAAAGUUGAUAAAAGUCCAAAAAAAUCAAGAUGACUAUUUAUAAAGCCUUAUUCAGCCAUAAAUUAUCCUCUUUUCAGGGUCGAUUGCGUCGUUUUUGGACGAAAUUUCGGCCGAAGCGGCGGCCUUGGUGGACGAGCGACCCGCCGAGGAAGUGGACGAGCAUCCGCUGCGGCCGCUGCUGGCCGACCUGCGGAUACGGAAGAGGUCGGGGAUUGCGACCGAGUGCUGCGAGAAGCGCUGCAACCUGGCCUACCUUCGGACCUAUUGUUGUGCCGGCUUCGAGGCCUGA